GAACAAUCCAGAUCCUUCCCACAGCAAAUUUUUUUCCCUCCUCUUCACUCAUUUUGCUUCCUUCACCAUAACCGUGCUCCUAUCCCCGUUUUUCCUAUACGUUUGUAAAGUUUCAAAGCUUUUUAAAUAGGUGUUUUUAUCUAAAUAAAAAACACUUGAAAAAAGUUUUGUUUCAAUCGUUUUCUAUUGACCGGCCCUUGAAAUCCCUUUCACGCAGUAUCCUAUCGCUUUAUCCAUCAAUUCAUAUCUUGGCCGAAAGCUGCUAAAUAUUCCAAGGUUUAACACAUAUACGGUUUUUUCAAUUGCAUUCUUCCUAAUUAAAAACGCAUAUGUGUCCUAUCCAACUUUCCAAUACUGUACCUGUAUCAUCUAUGGCAUAUAACCAUUUUGCAAUUCCAAAGUCAAUUGAAGAAAAAGAAAAUUCGUUUUUCGACGUGACUUUCCAAGACGAACCCGAAGACGCCUCUGCACCCGCCGUUGCUGCUUCCUUACCCAAAGUACCUCCUACAUUUGCAAGUGCUUCUUCUUUAGCUACUUCAACUACUUCAACUCCUCUUUCUACUAUCCAGAACAGCGUUACUCCCGGACUUCAACAAUCCAUGCAACAAUCACAACCCAUCCCCGCUUCUCAACAAGAACUUCCUAUCACGACCACCGCUCCUUCCACUAGCUCCAAGCCCCCCAUGGAUGAUACAAAUUAUGCUAAUCAACAACUCACUUUGCGUGCACUGUUGUCCACCCGUGAGGCUGGUAUUGUCAUUGGCAAAGCAGGCAAAAACGUUGCCGAACUCCGUACCUCUACCAAUGUAAAAGCCGGUGUCACUAAAGCUGUCCCGAACGUCCAUGACCGUGUCCUUACUGUCAGUGGCAGCUUAGAAAAUGUCGUAAGUGCUUAUAGAUUCAUUGUUGAUAUCUUUGCUCGUAACAGCACGAAUGCUGAUGGCACUCCUAUUGACCCUGCUGCUCCUCGGAAGCUUCGUCUCCUAAUUGCUCAUUCCCUCAUGGGUAGUAUCAUCGGCAAGAAUGGCUUGCGUAUAAAGCACAUUCAAGACAAAUGUAGCUGUCGCAUGAUUGCUUCCAAAGAUAUGCUUCCUCAGUCUACUGAGCGUACUGUUGAAGUUCAUGGAACCGUAGAAAACUUACACGCAGCAAUCUGGGAAAUCGGAAAAUGCCUUAUUGAUGAUUGGGAACGCGGGGCUGGCACUGUAUUUUACAAUCCUGUUUCUCGUAUCACCCAACCCCUACCAUCCCUUGCUCAGGGAGCUCCUCCUCCACAGCCAGUCGCAUCUGCCACACCACCCGCUGCCAAUGAAGGAGUCCAGGAAAACUUCGUUUCCUAUGGUGCUCAAGUAUUCCCCACCACUCAACUGCCUUUCUUACAACAACCUAAAGUCACUCAGAACAUUAGUAUUCCCGCAGACAUGGUCGGCUGUAUAAUUGGUCGAGGAGGUUCCAAGAUUUCUGAAAUUCGCCGUACCAGCGGUAGCAAGAUUUCCAUUGCCAAAGAGCCUCAUGACGAAACUGGUGAACGGAUGUUUACUAUUACGGGUACCCAUGAGGAAAAUGAGAAAGCUCUUUUCUUGCUUUACCAGCAACUUGAACUUGAAAAGGAUCGUCGCUCUCAUUAAUGGGUAUUCUACCUAAUACUUUCAUUCAUAUAUGAUUAUGUAUAUUCUGAAUAUAAAUUUUUGGUUCGGUCUUUAUGUUCUUGUUUUAUGUAAGUUUUCAACCAUCCUGAUUUUCUAUACAUGCUCGUUUCGUUAUCUAAAUGCGCAAUGCAUGGCUAUCAUUAUCACCAAAUGUUAAAAAAAAUAGGGUUGUUAUAUUACUUAUUGGUUUCGUUUUUUGUUAGCUGUUUACUUCGUUUUUACUUUUGCUUAUAUAUUUUCAGAGUCUUUGUGUUGUUUAAAAUAUAUAAACAUGGUUUUGCUGCGGUCUGUUUUGUCCUUGUUAAACAAUAAACAUUAUCCUUUUCCUGUGGAAAAUAAUUUUAUGCUUACAAAACAAUACAUAUCUCUGCGAAAUAGAUAAGGCCAAUCUGGCAGUUGUCUGCUCUCUUGAACAACGUUCGUCCUCUCCAAUCCAUGCAGCUGUGCUAUGUCACACAUGUGUUUUUUACCUUCCCCUAAAUCAAAUUUUUCUGUAUUAGCUAAAUGCCCUUUACUUAAACUUGUAUCCACUGUUUCCUUACCGCUUGCUUGUUGUUGGUUUUUUCUUUUAACUAGUAAUACAAUAGUUCCCCUUUUGUUGCCGUUGCUGAAUUUACUUGUGGUUUUAUACGUA